UUAUUGAGUUCACUGUUUGUGUUCAUUGAUCAGUUUAUCAGCUGUUCUCUGCUGUUAUUGAUAUUAUUGAUCAGUAUAAUAUAAAAUACAGUUUGUUUACUCGCUGAUAGAAAAGGUUGUGAACGGACUGACGUGGUUUAAGGUCGCUGCGGCAACCAGUGAUAACGUCAAGGUUGGUUGACCAAGAUAAACACACACACACACACACACACACACACACACACACACACACACACACACAGUAAUAAUAACAACAUUCACACACUCGUGACCUCCGACCCCUCCAAGGUCUGUGUGAGAGAGAUUAAAACCGGGACUCCUCAGCCUCUCUCUUCAUUUCACCACAGCCAUGUUCACCUGGAUCCUCUCCUCUGUAAGAGCCUUUAUCUCUCCUCUCUCCCUCCCUCUCUCCCUCCCUCCAUCCUCCCUCCUUGUCUUCUUCAUUGUUGCGGCAGUCGUCUUCUUCCUGAUCGCCCAGCGGUCCGUUCCUGAAACCGAACCUCGUCCGGCUCCGGGCUCCAUUCCCUGCCUGCCGUGGCUCCCUGUCCUGGGCAGCCUCCCCUGGCUGGGAGGAGGCCUCCCUCCUCACCUCCUCUUCAGCCAGCUGGCCCUCAGGUACGGCGCUCUGUUCGCUCUCUACCUCGGUCCUCACUACACCGUGGUGGUUAACAACCAUCAGCACGCCAGAGAGGUACUACUGCAGAGAGGGAGAGACUUCGCUGGACGGCCGAGCAUGGUGACGACCGACCUGCUGACCCGAGGAGGUAAAGACAUCGCGUUCUCAGACUACUCUCCUCUCUGGAAGUCUCACCGUCGCCUCGUCCACAACUCCUUCACUCUGUUCGGAGAGGGAACGAGCCGACUGCAGGACAUCGUUCUGUCCUCGGUGGACAGUCUGUGUGCCGAGCUCUUGUCCAGCGGGCGGCGUGGCUUCGACCCGUCUCCAGCGGUGACCAGAGCCGUCACCAACGUCGUGUGCACGCUGGUGUUCAGCGCCACCUAUCGCCACGGUGACGCCGAGCUGCAGGAGGUGAUCCAAUACAAUGAUGGCAUUGUGCAGACGAUUGCCAGAGGAGGGCUGGUGGACAUUUACCCCUGGAUGAAGGUGUUUCCUAACAAGUGUCUCAGUAAACUGAAGGAGUGUAUCGUCGUCAGAGACAAACUGCUGUCACACAAACUGGAGGAGCACAAGGCUUCACUGAGUGACGGUGACCCCCGUGACCUUCUGGAUGCCUUGCUCAAGGGGCAGGUGGACAGCGGGCGGGGUCAGAAGUCAUCUGGGUUGGAAGAUGAGAGGAUAACAGACGACCACGUCCUGAUGACGGCGGCGGAGGCAUUUGGAGCUGGAGUGGAGACGACGUCGACCACGCUGCUGUGGAUCCUGGCCUACCUGCUGCACCACCCGGAGGUCCAGGAGCGCGUGCAGAAGGAGCUGGACGAGCACGUGGGCAGCGAGAGGCCGGUGUGUGUGUCGGACCGCAGCCGGCUGCCGUACCUGGACUGUGUGAUCAACGAGGGCAUGAGGAUCCGACCAGUCAGCCCGGUGCUGAUCCCGCACACCGCCCUGACGGACAGCAGUAUCGGAGGUCACUCUGUCGGUCGUGGGACUCGUGUUUUGGUCAACAUGUGGUCGAUUCACCACGACCCCCGACUCUGGGACGCACCCGACCUGUUCAACCCAGAUCGUUUCCUUGACGACCAGGGUCAGCGGGUCACGCCCACCUGCUUCCUGCCGUUCGGGGCGGGUCCUCGGGUCUGCGUCGGUGAAUCUUUGGCCCGGCUGGAGCUCUUCCUCUUCCUGUCCUCUCUGCUCCAGAGGAUGAGCUUCAGGGUGCCGGAUGGGGUUCCCCCGCCCAACCUGCAGGGGCGGCUGGGCGUGGUCUUACAGCCGUUACCUUAUAAGGUCGUUGUCACUCCGAGGGCGGGGUGGGAGGGCGUGGCAAAAUGAAAGAGGGAGGGGUUGAUAGUCAAACUACGUGUUUGGUUUGUCCUUUCUGGGCUUCUGUAGAAACACAGCAGGUAACUAAUGAAAACAACAGAUCUUCUUAAUGUUUAAUUAAAAUAUUAAAUUAAUUAUUCAGCCAAAAAUUAAUUGUUGUCUUUCUGUCUGUCUGUCUGUCUGUCUGUCUGGAGCUAUCUUGUAUAACAGCUCCAACUUUUUCCAAAUAAAUUACAUGAACAGAAACUGAGUUUCUACAGAUAUAAAAAGACUAAAAAUGGCCAUAAACAUAAAUAAAGAGAUUAAUUUUGGCUAAAUUUCUUCUAUAAAAAUCUUUCUUCAUGAAAUAAUCAAAACAAACACAGUGUGAAACAUUAUUAUAAUAUAUUAUCCAUCGGUAUGUUUUCAUAAUAAUCACCUUAAUAUAAGAAUCGUUGUGUUUUUGUUCCCAUAGAAUGUUUUUAUUCUAGAGAGUCCUCUAAUGUCGGCCAUGUUUCUACGGUAGCCCCGAACGGACAAACCAAACACUGACUCUAUAAUUUGGCCGUAGUUUCUGUAACUUAACCACUAGAUGUCAGUAGAGCCUCCACACUGAACCUUUAAAUGCUUGAUAACAGUAUAAAGCUAAUGCUUUAUUAAAAUAUAAAUGUUUUAAUGAUUAACAGAUGAAUAACAUAAAUAACGUAAAUAAUAAUUUACAUUUAAAAAUGAUUAUUUUUGAAGUGUAAUUUGACAUAUGAUUGAUCAAUAAAUGAUUGUUUAUC